UCCUCCAACCAGCACAACACCCGAUCAACUAGCAGAGGCAGAGCCGGCAGGGGGUUCGAGAGCGUGCAGAGGGGUCGAUCGAUCGAGCAGCAAGAAUGGCGGCGUCAGGGAGCGCUCAGAGCCGGCGGUUCGCCGCAGCGUGCGGCGUUCUCAGCCGCUGCAUCAAGGCGGCGGAGGCGCGGCCGGUGGCCACGGUGGUCCUCCCCCUCAUGCCCGGAGCGGAAGUGCCCGAUCAAGACGAGCACGCGGCGGGUCCUCCGCCGGCGAACGCGCAGAUGACCAUCUUGUACGGCGGGCAGGUGCUGGUACUCGACGAGGUCCCGGACGACAGGGCGGCCGAGCUGCUCCGUGUCGCUGCCGCAGCAGGCACCACGCGAGGGGACGGCGACCUGCCCAUGGUAAGGAAGGCGUCGCUGCAGCGGUUCAUGGAGAAGCGCAAAGGAAGGUUCGCCGCUCGCGCCGUCCCCUACAGCCGGCCCGACGGCGACGCGUUCGCCUGUAACCGUCUCACGCUUACGCUCUGAUUCGUGUUCAUGAUGCGUAGUAGAGACGUAGAGUAGCCUGAGUAAUUUAUGGUCCAUGUAAAUGUGUGGCUGCUGUUAGAGUAGCCUGUUCCCGUCGCUCUGAAUUAUCUCGAUCAGAAAUUAUUGCUGCUGUUGUUCUGAUGAA